ACAAGGCCCAAGGAGAAAGCCAUAGGUACUGAAACUAUGAGAGUAAAAGACCCAAGAAAACACAAAGAAACAGUAUCCUCAGUCCAUCCCAGUGUCCACGUCCAAGACACCAGAAGCACAAACACAAACAUUGUGAUGGACAAUCAACAGUCAAUAAUAGACAUAAUGAGGAAGCAAAAUGAAAUAACAACGCUUCUGAUUGAUCAACAAUGUGUUUCAUCUUUACCAAAGCGAGAUGUACCUGUGUUUGCUGGAGAUCCAUUACAGUACCACACGUUCAUGAGAGCAUUUGAAAACAAUGUAGAAAAAAGGACUGACAAUAACAGUGAUAGACUUUAUUUCUUAGAACAAUACACCAAAGGUCUGUCUAAAGAACUGGUUCGGAGCUGUCAAUACAUAAGUCCAGACAGAGGUUAUCUCAGAGCCAAAGCCUUACUCAAGGAACAUUUUGGAAAUGAACACAAGGUGGCAGCAGCAUAUAUGGACAAGGUUCUUUCAUGGCCGUCUAUUAAAACAGAAGAUGCUAAGGCCCUUCAAAAUUAUAGCCUUUUUCUCAGAAGCUGUUGCAAUGUUAUGGAUGAUUUGGAUUAUUUGCAUGAUCCUAAUGUGCCUGCUAACAUGCUCAGUGUCAUAAAGAAACUGCCCUACAAGAUCAGAGACAAAUGGAGGACUGCAGCUUGUGAACUACAAGAAAGAACUGGACGGAGAUGUGAGUUCUCUGACAUCACAGAGUUCAUAGAGAAACAAGUAAAAGUCCUAACAGAUCCAGUGUUUGGAAACAUACAGGAUGCUCCACCUGGAUCUAGGAGCUUGACCAAACCACCAUCACAGAUCCGUUUUGGAAUGAAAGAAAGUAGCUUUGGUACAAUGGUGACCCCAGUGAGUGACAAAUUCAGGACUGAAACCCAGGAAAAGAAAUGUACUCAGAUGUUGAGAAAGAAAUGUCUCUUUUGUGGAGAAGACCAUACAUUGGAUUCAUGUGAACAGUUGGAAAAGAAACCCCGGAAAGAGAAGAUUGGCUUCUUGAGAGAAAAUGGUGUUUGCUUUGGCUGUUUGUGUAUUGGACACAUCAGUAAAGAAUGCAAAAGACGCAUCUCUUGUGCUAAAUGUGGCUUUAAACAUCCAACUGUGCUUCACAUUACUCCAUGCAGAAAAGAUGAAACUCAAGAUUCUACUGUGGUUGGAAAGAAACCAGAGGUUCAGCAGGUGAGAACUCUGGCAUCCAAUGGUCUUACUGGGGCUGGUGAUCAAGACUGCAAGUUACCAAUAGUUCCAGUCCAAGUCAAAAUCGGCAAAGGAAGCAAAAUUGUCAGUACAUAUGCAUUUUUGGAUCAAGGAAGCACUGCAGUGUUCUGUACUGAAAGUUUAAUGCACAAACUCAAUGUGGAAGGACGGAAAUCACACAUUCUUCUCAGGACAAUGGGUCAAGAGAAAAUUGUGGACAGUCACAUUAUCAAUGGAUUGGAGGUAGCAGCCAUUCAAGGACACGAAUUUGUUGCUCUUCCUAAAACCUACACACAACCAAGUAUGCCUGUGCAAAAAUGUAACAUACCGCUUCAAAGUGAUCUGCAAAAAUGGCCUUAUCUAAGAGAUAUCCACUUGCCACAAAUAAAUGAAGAAAUUGAACUUUUAAUAGGUGUCAAUGUUCCCAAAGCUCUGGAACCAUUGCAAGUGAUCCAGAGUGAACAUGAUGGACCUUUUGCUAUCAGGACAAUGCUGGGUUGGACAAUAAAUGGACCACUGGAAAGAAACAGUGGAAACACAAUGGAUCAUCAGCAACCAGAAUUGUCUGUAAACAGAGUGUCUGUUGUACAGAUGGAUGAACUUUGGGAGAAACAAUUCCAAAUUGAUUUUCCUGAGUGCAAUAUGGAUGAACAGCCUGGAUUGUCGCAAGAAGACAAGAAAUUUAUGGAGAGGGUUUCAGAUUCAGCAAACCUCAUAAAAGGACAUUAUCAGAUCAGCUUACCCCUGCGAAACAAAAAUGUCUGUAUGCCAAAUAACAAAGCUUUAGCUUUGCAGCGUGCUGUUCAUUUAAAGAAAAAACUCCAAAGGGACCCUGUGUUCUAUACAGACUACACAGCUUUUAUGAACGACAUGUUCACCAAGGGUUAUGCUGAAAGAGUGCCGGAGGAAGACCUGAAGCGUGCUGAUGGGAAAGUAUGGUAUAUCCCACAUCAUGGGGUUUACCACCCAGUCAAGAAAAAGUUAAGGGUCGUUUUUGACUGUGGAGCAUCUUUCCAAGGCACAUCUCUGAACACUCAGUUGUUACAAGGGCCAGAUCUCACUAGUUCUUUGAUAGGACUUGUAACUAGAUUUCGUAAAGAGCCAGUGGUGAUGAUGGCAGACAUCGAAUCCAUGUUUCAUCAAGUGAAGGUACCUCCUGAGGAUGCAGACUUACUAAGAUUCCUUUGGUGGCCAAACGGUGACCUGAACUCGCAGCUGUCUGAUCACAGAAUGACUGUACACGUCUUCGGAGCAACAUCAUCUCCCAGUUGUGCUAAUUUUGCCCUUAGGAAGUGUGCUGAAGACAACAAGGAACAGUUUAACCAAAACACAGUGGACACAAUCAUGCAUGGUUUCUAUGUGGAUGACUGCCUUGUUUCAGUGGCUUCCGAAGAUGAAGCAACAGUUCUACACCACGAGCUUGUUUCUAUCUGUGCUAAAGGUGGAUUCAAAUUGACGAAGUGGAUGAGCAACAGAGCGAACCUUCUCAAAACUGUACCUGAAGAAUAUCAAGCCAAAGACAC